AUGGAAAUAAAUAAAUUGAAUGAAGUUAAUCCAGAUGAUUUGGAUGUUAUCUUUAGAGGAAUCUAACUAUUUAUUGAUCAAAAAGAGAAUGAUUUAGAAACUACAAUACCUCAACUAGUUGAUAAAUACAAAUACUAUUAACUUCAAGAUCAUGAUAAAAAACUGUUCCACCGAUUCUAGAUCAGAGUAUCAGAGUUAAUUGAGAAGUGCAAGAAUUAAAGUGCCAUUAAUUACGUCUUGAGUAUCCGAGAUAUACUCAAUUACAAAGCAUAGAAUUUUGCUGUUAUACUAAAUAAAGUACUUAAAAGAUGUGAGAUGCAAGCAACCCAAUAAAAUGAGGAUAACCCACAAAUUUAGAUGAAGAGAUCAGUACCUUCAUGGUAAUUGAAUAGUUAAUAAAAUCGAACGUUGUUUUAAUUUUAUGAUAAUGAUUUUUGGAAACUCUAUGACAUUAUGCUUCUAAACAAACAACACUGUUCAAACUUGAUAGUGUACCAUUAAUCAAAGCUCGAAAAUGUAGAAAGACUAUUCGCAUCAAGUUUAGAAAGAAAUUAGAGAUUUCUAUAAUAUAAGAGCUUGCCAAUUAUAGAAAUAACUACUCUGACUGAUAAGGCCAGGAAAUUAAAGUUCCUCUAACUCACACAAACUAUGGAAACUCCCUAUGCAAAUAAAAAUAUUACAAUGUUCGGAAAUUAGAAUUAGAAUUAGAAUUAGAGUCCAACCAAAAAAACAUAAGUCACCGUUAAACAUUCGAUUUCGAUUAGUCCUCAAAGAACUCAAAGUAAAGAUCCUCAAGAUCAAGAUAUCAGAAGUAUGUUUGAUACAGAAAAUUUCAAUUUGUUUGAUACCAAUUACAAAAUUACUAGAGCAAAGAACUUAUCCUUACAUAACGAUAAAAUCAUUGCUGUCUCAGUUUAAAAUAAAUAAAAAGGAAAGUCAAAAUUACAGCAAGAGAAUUUUAGUCCUUAGAAAGGAUGCAAAAAUCAAAAUUGGAUGCUCCCUGAAAUCAAGUCUCCAUUUUAUAUCGAUUAAAACGACUCUCUAAUCAAGCCAAUCCAAAUUCCUCAAAAUUAUGUUUAUACUUAAAGUCCUGAAAGAAGAUCUGCCAAGAAACCCCCAUUAGCAUCAGAUCUCAAUAGUACUCUUUGUCAAUAAUUGUUACCCUAAUAUAGAAAUAAUACAAGAGCAUUUCAAACUAUCAAAAGUUUUAUCCGAAAAUGA